CGCUGUUUUCAGAGAGAGGGAGAGAAUGAAUCGAACGCACCUGUUAUUAAGCGCUGACACCAUCGCUAGCUAACCUAGCUUUCAAUGUAGCAAACAGGUAAGUAGAGUAUCAUCCGUUUGGCAUGGCGGAGGGUACCGGUAACGUGAGUCCGGCCAACCUUCCUCCUGGAGACCCGCAGCUGAUCGCUAUGAUAGUAGAGCACCUGAAGAACCGGGGGCUUUUUGACGAGUUCCGUCGGGACUGUCUGGCCGACGUUGAUACGAAGCCUGCCUAUCAGAACCUGCGACAGAAAGUUGACAACUUUGUCACAUCACACCUGAGCACACAAGACUGGAACCCAUCUAUCAACAAGAACCAGAUGAGGAACGGACUGAGGCAAAGUGUCGUUCAAUCUGGUAUGUUGGAGUCCGGUGUGGACAGGAUCAUCACGCAGGUCGUGGACCCCAAAAUGAACCACACUUUCCGGCCGCAUAUAGAAACUGCCAUCCACGAUUUCCUGUCGGGAGACAGGAAGGAGGAGAACGCCUUAAGUUCUAACUCUGCACCAUCUGAACAGACAGAAGCACAGGAGGCCCCGUCCGCCUCCGGCCCCAAAACCCCAUUGGUGGAGACACGCGCUCCCUUCAGUCAUAUCGUGGUGACCGCCCCCCUCCCCCCGCCGUCCAACUUUAUAUAUAUAUCAGCCUUCAUGCUGCGGUGGUGCUAUCUAGUGGAAACCCCUCCCUGCAAGGCUACACUCCUGAAAAAAACAAAAAAACAAAAAACAAACAAACAAACAAAAAACACUCAGUCAGUCUUCGUCAUGCCGGUGAACUUAUCCGCUGUGUUUUGUGUGUUUUCCCUGUUCCUGGCCUGUCAUCAGGUGCUGCCCGUGGAUCCGCAUGAUGUCCAGGAGAAACAAGUGAGCCAGCCCAAGAGACGACUCUCUCUGCAGAGCACAGUGGAGAUUCAGAGCUGCCUGGUGAGUUCAGGGGAUGUCGGCUGUGGGACGUUUCAGUGCUUCAACAACAACUCCUGUGAAAUCCAAGGGUUGCACCACAUCUGUCUGACUCUGCUGCACAACGCCGGGCGCUACGACUCACAGGGCAAGUCAUUUGUGAAGGAUGCGUUGCGGUGCAUGGCCCUGGGACUCCGACAGCGAUUCAGCUGUGUCAGCCGCCGAUGCUCAGCGGUUAAAGAGAUGGUGUACUCGCUCCAGAGAGAGUGCUAUUCUAAACAUCAGCUAUGCCUGGCAUUACGGGACCACAUGGACACCACAGGCAACCUGGUCCAGUUCCACUUGAUGUUUCCUCCAGGACCCUACGUGGAGCUGGUGAACUUCCUGUUGAAGUGUGGCGACGAGGUCAGGUCGUGGGUCAGCCGGCGGUUGCGUGGGCAAUGUGAGCAACACUGGGGGGCGCUGUGCAGAAGCUUCGGCAGCACCUGUUCUCUCAGCCAAUCGGACGUGCCGCAGCACACCACCGCCCAACCGAGCACUGUGCCCUGGCCUAUCACUGCUCAGGGACCCGUGCAGCAGCCAACCAGAGCAGCCGAACAAGACGACAGGAGUGGGCUCGAUCAGAUCGACAACACGACUGAAACUGGUCUCUCCAUGUCUGAGAGAACCAAUGGUACUGCUUCAUAAAGCUACAGCGAGCCACGCAGCUAUGCAGGCAGAGGUGCAGACAGGGUACACAAAGAUUCAGAGAUUGUGCACUUAUUUCUAUUGGAUAAGUAGUAGAAUGAGUAAAAGUAGUGGCAGUAGUAGUAGUUUUAUUAGAGUACUCAGUGUAGUAUUGCUGGUGAAAGCAAUGCAACAUAACUUAUUUAAUUUGUUGGGUAUUUGUGCUAUUAAUAUUUUUCUUUACAUUUGACUUUGUACAAGGAUAAAAAACAAUUAUCUACCUCACUUCAACAUCACAGUAAACCACAGUGGCAGUAUCAUUCAGCAACGGGCAUGGACACACACGAGUAAACACUACAGGGAAUUUCUCUCUAGUUCACGUGCAGCUGAUGGCUGAAAGUCAGUAUUCUACCUAUUUAAGUCUGUUUUUGUAUUUAUGAGCAUUGUUGUUUUAUGCACCGUGUAGUUGGCACACUAUCAAACGUUAUCUUGUAGACAGUCAGGGUGCAGUCUGCAGGAAGGGAAGCACUCUUUGGUUGUGGCGUGUAAUAGAUAUGUAUUUUUGAUGCUCUACUUGAACGAUCACAUUUCAUACAGACCCCAGGUUUCAAGCUAUAUUUUGUAAGUUUUUAUUUAAAUGAAUUUAAAAAAUACAUUUGUAAGCAAUUUUGAUUGAAAUUAAAUAAACUACAAUGAUGUCACUGGA